CUCUAUUGCUGUGUAGCAGUCCUAAUUUUUGUUUUUUUUUUCAGUGCACUUUCAUUUCUUCACUAUAGAAAGGACGAUGAUUUUGUGGACAGGCUUUCGUAUUUCUACACUUCAUCGUUUCUUAUUAUGAUGGCUGUUCUAGUCAGCUUCAAACAGUUCGGUGGUCGCCCGCUGGAAUGUUGGGUUCCGGCGCAGUUCACUGCAAGUUGGGAGGCCUACACGGAGAUGUACUGCUGGGCGCAGAACACGUACUGGGUUCCCAUAGAGCAGGAUAUACCCGUCGAUAUAGCAGAACGUGAAUAUCGCCAAAUAUCGUAUUAUCAAUGGGUGCCGUUCUUUUUAUUGAUUCAGGCCUUCCUCUACUACAUUCCGUGCCUUAUGUGGAGAUUGAUGAGUGACAAAUCCGGUAUUCGACUCAAUGAUAUUGUUCAAAUGGCCACCGAAAAAGAGAAUAUCGAACCGGAUUACCGUAUCCGAACAAUUGAGUCGCUCUCGAGGCACAUCGAAUCGGCCUUGAGGUAUCAGCACACAGCCACAUCACGGACGCAAUAUACACUGCAUAGAGUAUUUAAAUGUUUCAAUAUGCGUUACUAUGAAAGCUAUGUGACAGGGAUGUAUUUGGCGACAAAAAUUAUGUAUGUGGGAAAUAUUCUCACCAAUCUUGUGCUGGUGAACAAAUUUCUCGAGACCGACGACUAUUCCAUAUAUGGUCUGGGCGUGUUGAGGGAUUUGCUAUUUGGCCGAACAUGGAUGGAAAGUGGGAAUUUCCCACGAGUCACACUUUGUGAUUUCGAAGUUCGUGUACUCGGCAACAAUCAGCGGCAUUCCGUACAGUGUGUCCUGGUGAUCAACAUCUUUAAUGAGAAGAUUUUCAUCCUCAUAUGGUUGUGGUUCACAUUGCUUUUCGUUGCCUCCACCCUGGAUAUGCUCUACUGGUUCAGUAUAUCCAUGUUCCACAGAGAUCGAUUUCGUUUUGUGUUGAGACAUCUUGAGCUGACAUCUGAUCCAGACAAACCGGAGCUCUUUCGGAAAGAAAAACGGAAGCAAGUGGAGCAUUUUCUUAGGACUUAUCUGAAAGUCGACGGUGUCUUGGUGUUACGAAUGAUCGCCUUACACGCAGGCGUGAUGUUCUGUACGGAGAUUACAGAUGCCCUAUGGAAACGCUAUCUGUCUCAACAUCCAGAGAAUCUUAUAGACGAGGACUCAAGUCUGCUUACCUUCGCCAGGGCGCAGUCAAUCCGUCGAAAACGGCAUGACAGCGGUAGCAGUACAGAAGGGCAGAAUCACCAACGACUUGGACGGAUACUUUCGCACAGAAGCACGGGCGGCAGUUUUCGUUUGAAUCGUACUGGAUCAACGAAUAGAUCGCUUUCUGAGUCUAAAACAAUGCCUCCUCAGUCACCGUCGGCAACUACGGCAACUUACUCUAAGGUCAAACCUCGUCGUACCGUCGUCACUAUAACGAGUCCCAGUACCGAUGUGGCAGAGCCGAACGGUGGCGACACAAUUCAGGAGGCCAGCAAACGCGAAGGCGUUCCAUUAGCGGUGUGA